AUCAUAAAAGAUGGGCGACACGAAAGACGGUCCUUGGAAAGACCCUUUCGUGCAAUCGGCCCCUGUAUAAUAAUCACCUGCGAUCGGAAUCAAGAAAAUGGCAUCACUCACUUGCGGAUUCAGGUUGGGAAUUCAUUUAUCGAGAGCUGUAACGAAUUUAUCCAAUACCUUUCGGUGUAUCGAUUUGGGCUCAUUUAGCUGGAAAUUCAGGAGGCUCGGCCAGGAGACUAGAUAUUCACCGUGUUUUCCAUUCCAACAGAUCUUGUCGUCUCGGAAGAAUCACCCGCAGCACUCGUUUCUUGCAGCCCAACCGUUCCUGGUUGCAUCCUUCCAUUCAACCACCGCAAUCAGAGGACUUGAGGAGUUCUUUGAUGACCCAAAGAAUUGGGGACAACCUGCUGUCAAGGCUGGUAGAGCAUGGAGUAAAGAUGAGUUGAGACUGAAGGACUAUGUCACAUUACAUAAGCUCUGGUAUGUCUUGUUGAAAGAGAAGAACAUGCUCUUGACCAUGCUGACUGAGGCUGACAGGCAAGAAAAAUUCCUUCCAAGUCCUGAGAGGAUUAACAAGGUGGAAGUCUCUAUGAAAAACCUCAAGGUUAUUCUGAAGGAGAGACAAGAAGCUUUGACGGAACUAAAGACGGGCCACAAAGAAGAGCACCCAGGGGAAUGGCAGUAUACUCCUUUUGGCUACAAGAGAUACAUCAAACCAAAGGAGUACAAGGUGCCAAAGUACAUGAACAAAAUGUGGUCAACGAAAAGAAAGUGGUACGAUCCUUUCUUCGGGCGUUAUCUAUCCCGCUUCUAUGAACAGGAGAUAAAGCGUGGCGGUAGGGAGAGGAGAAAGAGGAGGAGUCACAUUUUAAAACUAAAGCAGAGAUUCCCUGAUUCCGAAGUCUGGGAGAAUAAGUGAACAGUUUGAAUUUGUUGCUAUGGAAACCUGCUGGCACCCAGCCAUAUUGGACGAUCCAGCUAUUGACAAGUUAUGAUGCUGUGGACCAUUGCCUGGGUGUCUACAAGCAGCUGGUAUAAGACUUCUCAGAUAGUCUCAACCCAAUUCAUCAAUUUUGGUCUAAUUAUUAUUUGAUCUAGAGCCCCCGUUGUGUCAUGAUUUUUAUUUGGGUCAGGAAGAGAUGAUUAAAAAGAAUAUUUAUACCUUCUGGCCCGUAUUCUGAACCCAGGUUUAAUUUAAACUCUGGAUUUAAAAUGUGGUUUAACUAUGGAAAGCCAGUUGUUACAUAAAUCUCUAACAGUAGAGGUUCAAUGUAUCAGCUCAUUUGGCUCCCAAAACAUUAACUGCCUGGGAAGGACAAGUAUGACAGCUCUCUUCACCAUUAAAUGAUUAGUAUAGAGCACAGUAAAAAUGAGAAGCACUCACUGUAAACAAAAUUUUGAAACGUUUGGCUUCCCAUAAUUUUAGCACAGAGUUAGACCAUGGUCUAAGUUAAACCCGACUUCAGAAUACGGGCCUCUGAGUCUCAGUUCUCAUUUAGUCUAACACCCAGAUGGUCUUAGUAGAAUUUUUGCUUUUUGUCAAAUUGGAAUUUGAUUCAUAAUCAGAUUAGACUGAGUGGUGCUAGACCAAGUUAUAUCACAAGCUAUAUCACAAAAUGGAUAUAGCUUGACUGGAAGUUUAACAAAAUGGUAAAUGGGUUAAAUUGCAAUUAGACUAAACAUUAAAUAGAUGAACUGGUUGUUGACGCAAUAUUAUUAGACCAUAAUGGAUGAGACAGAUUGCCAAUGGAAACUAGAUGAAGCGGGUGAAGACCAAUUGACAAUUGAUACAUUGCCUUUUCCUUCGGUGAAGUUGAUGACAUCUUAUUUUUGUAAUAGUGAUGGGCUGAAAUCUAUCACAUGACUUGUCCAUGGCCAUACGCAACAGGGUAGGGGGGGGGGUAGGGACUGUCCCCCCCCCCCCACAAAAGUUUUUGAAAACUUGCAAAUUUUUACUGAAAAUUUUGACACAAUUUACCAAAAGUGUGAACAAAAUCUUUCGAUUUCAUUUUAGAAAAUGAAAAAGCACCCAAAUGAAUGAAAAGCUUGGUCACUUUGCUCCCUUACUUUCGAAUUUCUACAAUUUUUUUUGUAUGUCUUGCCCCCAAGGAAAAAAAUUCUGUGUACGGCUAUGGACCAGUUAUAUUAUUUUUGCUAACAUAAAAAAAAAAUGCUUAUGAGCGUCACUAAUGACUACAUGUGCAUGUAGUUCUAUUGACAUGGUUUUAAGAUGAGAAUUGUUUAUCAAAUAACAAGGAUCUACAUCGCUAUUGGAUAACAUAUGAUACCCAUCAUUUUGAAUGGGAAUUUUAAUAAUUAUAUGUAUAUGCAAUUGUUACCUUUGAAACAGUCUUCACCCUUGGAUGUAAGAACUUUUCCAAUGAUACAUUGUGGGAGUAAUAUAUUAUUUAUAUAUUAAGGCUCUGUAACCCAAACCCUAUGGGAGUUUUAGUAUCAAAAUAAAUAUUGCUUAAAUUAUUGACUCUCAA